AUGCCGGCGACGGCGGGCCGUGUUCGCAUGCCGGCGAACAACCGCGUGCACAGCAGCGCGGCGCUGCAGACGCACAACAUCUGGAAGAGCACCAUCGGCUAUGACCCCUACGCUCCCGAGGGCAACAACCAGCAUGGCCCUUCCUCCUCCGUCCCCGCCAACGCCACCGCGCUUCCCUCCUCGGACCCCGCGGCCUCCUCCCAGAGCGCCUACGCCAGCUUCCAGGCCGUCCUAGCGCUCGCCCGCGCCGCCAGAUCCAACUCCGACGCGACCCGGGGCGCCUGCAAGAAGUGCGGCCGUGUUGGCCAUCUCACCUUCCAGUGCCGCAACUUCCUUUCUGGUAAGGAGCUCCCCAUGGACGACGACAUCCAAGCCAGCACGCAGGCCAAUCCCAGGUCCGAAGAGACCAGGAAGAAAUCCUCUGGUGGCAGGGAUGCUGACGCGAAGGGUUCUGACGAGGAAGAUGAGGACGAGAUUGACAGCGAUUCCUCCGAUUACGAUAUUGAUCCCGAGCUGGACAAGAUAAUCGCUCAACGUGAGCGUGCCAAGGGCCAUGGAGAGAUCCGCUCUGGGGAGGAAGGCAGGCAGACAAACCACCAUAGGAGCAGCAGCAGCAAGGGAAGAUCCAAGCAAAGGAAGAGUGACAGAGAGGACGACUCAAGGAAAGAUAGGAAGAGGAGGAGAAUCCACCACACGAAGGAUGACAUGUCGGAAGGGGAAGGGAGAAAACCUCACCGCCACCAUAAGAGGGGUCAUCACCGGAGGGAUGCAUAUGAUAGUGACAGUGCUGGUUGUGAGUCCCUAAAUGAUAGGAAGCGAUCCAGCAAGCAAAAGAGCCGCCGGAGGUCAGAAAGCCAUGGAUUGGUUGAGGAUAAAAGACAUGGUCCACGGGGCUGGGCGCCGUUUCCUGAGAGAAGAGCACUGAAGCGAUAA